UAGAACUACAUAUUCCUCAAACACUAGGUACAAUUACAAUUUAAGUUUUAAAAAUAAAAGAAAGUAAAGCUAUUCAAUGGCAGGUAUGAUGGAGAAAGCGAUGAAUUUGGUGUCGGAGAAGGUAGGGAACACUGAGAAACCGGAGGCUGACAUCACGGACUUUGAUCUGAAGAAAGUUGGCAUGGACAGCAUUUCAUAUCAUGCCAAGGUGGCCGUGAAGAACCCUUACUCUGUUCCCGUUCCGAUCACGCAGAUCUCUUACACCCUCAAAUGCUCCGGCAGGGUUAUAGUAUCAGGAACAAUUCCAGACCCAGGGAAUAUUAAGGCAAAUGACACGACUAUGUUAGAUGUGCCAGUGAAGAUUCCCCACAGUAUGCUAGUAAGUUUGGGUAAGGAUAUUGGUAAAGAUUGGGACAUUGACUAUACACUGGAAUUGGGCCUCGCCAUUGAUCUUCCAGUCAUCGGAAAUUUCACCAUUCCACUCUCUCAUAGUGGAGAGAUCAAGCUUCCAUCACUCUCAGACUUAUGGAAGGGUGACAAAGAAGAAGAGACUGAAAAAGAGAUAUGAAGUAACUUAGCAUAGCGCGCUAAUAAUAAUUACCACUACUAGUGGUAAUUAAUAUUGUAGUUUCAUCAUGUGUGUUUUUCCACUACAAAUGUUUUAAGUAACAUUUAAUUAGUUUGUAUCUUGUUUCAAAAUCCAAAGCAAUAUUGGAUUUUGUUUAAUAUUCCAAUCACUAAAUCCAGUUUUGGGGUUUAAUUAAGAAUACAAAUAUAUUUUUCUUA